GCAUUUUAGAAGAUAGCGAUUUUACUGCUUCUUGUUCAUACUACACAUCCUUGUCUCAUCAGCAGAAGAUACAAGCACAUGUUGAUUCACAGUUUUUCUUUUUUAAAAUUUCUUCACAACUUUUGGGAUUUUGGUAGCCUCCAGCUUAGCUCCAUGGACUAACCUCACUAUCCUUGAACAAGCAUCCACAGUGCCUUAUCUGCAUCGACAUUAGACAACAUCUCACAUGGCAGCUUUUCAGACCACCGCAUGGAGGUUGAUCUCUGGGGUCUUAGGAGUAAUAUGCCUUGUGUUGAUGGCUGCUUUGGGAGUUCUGUUAAAAAAUUCACCUACUAAACAAAGUGUUCAGCCUGGACCCUCCUCAGAUCUUCAGGAAGAAUAUAAUCUCCAUGAAGAAGAAGAGUCAUGUCUGGGUUGUUCAGGAUCUGGCUGCUAUUCUUGCCAAGAAAAGUGGAUUGGCUACCAAUGCAACUGUUAUUUCGUUUCUAAUGAAUUGAAAACAUGGAAAGACAGUAGGGAUUUUUGUGUUUCUCAUAAUUCCAGUCUACUUCAGAUACAAAUCAGAAAUGAACUGGCUUUUAUGAAGUUCAGUACCAGUUUUUACUGGAUUGGGCUUUCUUACGAUGAAGAACAUCAUGCCUGGUUGUGGGAGGACAAUUCUACUCUCUCCUGGGAUCUACUUCCUUUCCCUAAAUCUGUAAAUCCAAAGAACUGCAUUAUGUAUAGCCCAAGAGGAAGGAUUUUGGAUGGACACUGUGAAAAGAAGUCUCGUUAUAUCUGUAAACAACAGCUUAUUUAGAUGUUUCUUGGGGCACAAGUGUUGUGCAAUGGAGAUUCAGUAUUACUUAGAAUGGUUACAAAUUAUAUUACCUACCUCUGGGAUCUUUAAAAUUUCCCAAAUUGUGUUUUAUCAAUCAUAUACUUUUCAUGUAUUUGAAAAUAUAUAUUUAAAUUUUUUAUCAUUAUGCAAUUGGUAUAUAACAUUAUGUUAGUUUUAGGUAUACAACAUAACAAUAACUAAAACAAUAUGCCUAAUUCAUCAACAUAUAUAGUUACAAUUUAAAAUUUUGCCCUGUGUUUUUAAGUUGAUGAAAUUUGUGUACCUACACCUGAAAUUAUAGAGUCAAGAUAAAUAAUUUAAUGAAUGUUCAAUGUAUAUGGUAUGGAUUUAACAAUUUAUGCAUCUAUUUUUGGAAAUUCUCUCUGCUGAAAUUUAAAUAAAACUUAAUUCAGGCCAAACAAUAUAUAUUAACAUCAUAUUAGUUCUUUGUAUGGUAUGCUAAAUUGAAAAGUCCCAUCCUCAUCUUUUUUCCCUCUGAAAGUAAAAAUAAUUUCAGUGUUUGUUUUAAGUUUUUGGUGUAUAUCUAUUCAUCUAUAUGUUCUAAUUUAGACCUGAAAGUGCUAUAUAAUAAUUCCUUCAUAUGUAUCACAAGGGUUAAGUAACACAUUUGUGUGUCUUAUCUUGAUGCUACCAAGUUCUGCAGAACAAUUGGAAAGUUAUAUCCAAGUAUGUGAUCUUACAAGAUUGCCUUCACAUUUUCCAAGGGGAAGGGAAACCCAAGAUCUGAUCACAUGAAUAUACAGUCUUUUGUUUUGUUUUGUUUUGUUUUUUCAAGUAUCUUUCUUGCCUUAUGCUUAUCUGACAGUAAAAAAAGCCACUCUUACAUGGGCAUUUAAGAUUUCAAUUUCUGAUCAAUCCCCAAAAUCUUUUCCUAAAUGGCAUGUGAUAAAAUACUGGACAUUUAGUAUUUAAGAGGACAGGGAGCAAGCAGGCUUUUUUAUUGAAGGGUUUCUGAGUGGGUCAGUGAAGGGAAGGGCACAUGAUGAGUCAUGAUGCUUGUGACCUGAAUAGAUUUUUUCCCACCUCAGAAAUAUCAAAACCCAAUUCCCUCUUUUAAAAAAUAACUGUUGAAUAUACAUCUAAAGAAAUUUGUACUGACAUCUCUA